GAGUUCAGAUGAUGGAAUGAAAAUAUAAAAUUGUGGAUGAGCUGACCUGAAACUAAUCUUAUUGAUGAGUAAUAUCUUAUUGAUAGAAAAUCUUUUUGGAAAAAUUUUAAUCUGUAAUUUUUGAGUGUUCAAACAGAACUUGAAGGAUAAUAUUAAGACUGAAAUGAAUAUUGAAGUAAACACAAUGGCACCAAAUGGUAGUGGUUAUAACAGCCCCUAUAUUCAAGAUGCAAUUAUCAAAUGGCAUGAAAAAAAUUGCCGUAUUGGUUUCGUCUCAAGUUCAGAUGAGUGCCCGGAGAUUUGGGAUGGAAUACUCUGCUGGCCACCCACCACCCCCAAUAAACUAGCUGAGUUAUCUUGUCCGGGUUAUUUUGCUGGUUUUGAUACACAGAAAAAUGCAACAAAACAAUGCAUGCCGGACGGACAAUGGUAUUGGAGUCCAGAAAAUAAUCAAACAUGGACUAAUUAUACACAGUGCUCGACAACAAAGCUAGUAACAGUUCUCAUGGAUGUACCGAAACAUAAUUCAAGUUUGACAGAGAUGUAUUUACCUAUUAUCAGAAACAUAUCAACAAUUGGAUACACAGUAUCUUUAUCAACUCUUGUUGUAGCAUUUUGUAUUUUAGCAACUAUUAAAAAACUAAGAUGUUCAAGGAAUUUAUUGCAUCUUCAUUUAUUUGUAUCGUUUAUGACUCGAGCAUUAAUGGCACUUUUGAAAAAUAUACUUAUUGCAUCGGGAUUAAGUGUUGCUUCAGAUAUCAUAGAAAUAAAUGGAGCAAGUUAUUUACAUGUUAAUGAUUACGAGAGCAAUUGGCUGUGUAAAACAUUUGCAAGUUUAUGGCAAUAUUUUAUUCUUGCAAAUUAUUCAUGGAUUUUAAUGGAAGGAUUGUAUUUACAUAAUCUCGUAUUUUUUGCAUUAUUUCCGGAGAAUAAUUCGAGUAUUGCUGGUUAUGUUAUUCUUGGCUGGGGUUUGCCAGUAAUUUUUGUCAUUCCCUGGGCUAUUUUACGAACUUUAUUUGAUAAUACAUAUUGCUGGUUUACCAAUGAAAGCUCAUAUAUAUUUUUUUAUAUGAUUCGAUUACCUACAGGACUUUCUAUUAUAAUAAAUUUUAUACUAUUCAUCAAUAUUGUAAGGGUAUUACUUUUAAAACUUCAAUUCACAAUAUCUGAAGAAACUCAACGAUACAAACGAUGGGCUCGAAGUACUCUUGUUCUUGUUCCUUUGUUUGGAGUACAUUACGCACUUUUUCUUGGUAUGUCUUAUAGUAUUGGGAUUAACGAAAAAGUUGAGCUUAUAUGGCUCUUUGUUGAUCAGCUGUUUGCCUCGUUUCAAGGGUUUUUUGUUGCUGUAUUGUAUUGCUUUUUGAAUGGUGAAGUGAGAGUUGAAGUUACAAGAGCUUUUAACAGUAACAGAUGGAGUAGAUUAAGACGAAGUCAACGAACAUCAACAAGAUCAGACAGUGCAUGUAGUUGUCAAUUAAAAAAAAUUAGAAAACAUAAAAAACGAGGAUUUAUUAAUUUCAUUUUGGCUUGUUUUUGUACUGACAAUUCAAUGCAUCAUCGUUCUUCUCAUUCUAUGAUGAGUACACAACAAGACAUUGCAACAAGAGGCUGUAGUUUAGCAAGCAGUCGAGUAUUUUUUGAUUCACCUGGUCCUGGAAUGUACUCAACAGAUAAUCAAGAUUGUACGUCACUUGAUUCAUCAGCAUGUAACAGAUAUACUGCUCGUUCAACACUCUCAUUUUGUUCUCACAUGUUGGCAGACACAGCUGGGCCUCAUUUAAAUAUCAUGACAACAGACGACAGACCAAAUAAUACUUGGAGUGACACAGAAUCAUGCCUGGCACUGAAACUCGAUGAUUAUCCACAGCUUGAAAUUUCUUGAUUAAAAUAAUUUUAUGUGGUCAUUGUCAUAAAAUAAUUGUAUUUAUUUUAAAAAACGAAAAAAAACAACAAUCAACCUCACACAGUGAUAAUUCAAAAUAAAAAGAGAUUAAAUAUUUUUAAAUAUUAAUUCAAUUUAUGUAUUCUAUGUAAUAAAUAUAUUCUUUUUUUAUUUGCCUUUAUUUAUUCAACAAUUAUAUUGAGCUAUUUUUCACAGGUAAAAAAAUAAAAAAAAAAGAAAAACCAACAAAUUAAUGACAAAAAAAAUAUUAAAUUUAAAGAUUUUAGUGUUAAAAAUUGUUAUUACUAUGAAUGUUUUAUCAACAAAUAAAGCUAAAUUUUCAAUUUUUCUAUUUUAUGAAUUAUAAAAAUACUGAUAAUAAUUAAUUAGUUAAUUUUAUGGAAUCAGUUGAAACUUUGGCGCGAGAAAAUGGACACAUCGACGACAGCGACAAUAGUUUCAGUUACCACCACACUUUAUAAUAAUAAUAACAAUAAUAAUAAAUUAAAAUGACAAAAAUUGUGAAACAAUAAUCAACCGAUUUAUUGAUAAACUUUGUAGAUUGACCUUGUUAAUACAAACGUGAACAUCACAUUUCAUUCUAACCUGCUCGAGUUACAAAAAAAAAAAAAAUAAUUAUAUUAAUUAGGUAUAAUUGAGAUAAAAAU